UUUGUCUACGAGAUGAUUGGAGAGCGAAAGCUUGUUCUAUAUUCUGUAUCGGAUUGUGAUGAUAGCAGACAGGCUAAGUUAGCUUUGGAUAAAUGCACUGCUGAUUCACGAAAGAGCGAACCGGCACCAGUUGGAAUGUUAUUGCGCCUAUAAAUGAAUUUGCUGUUACAGUUACAACAGAAUAUAUGGCUGCUCCGUUUAUUACGAUGGAGUCCCGCUGCCAUAUAUAGGCUACCUAAACUGAAGAAAAUCAUGGGAAGGUGUCGUGGUAGGAGUGUCGUGUAGGCUACUAAACGUCUCCUCGAGGAGAAGGACUAUUUCAGUUGGCGGAGGGAAGGAUGAAGGCAGACGAGGAAGCUCCUCCCCCCUCCCCGGGGCUAGGGGGUUCGGCGAUCCGGUGUCGGGAAGUGUGUCGGUCGUACGGUGAACUCAAAGUCCUGAGUAACCUCAACUUGACCGUACCACAGGGACAGAUCUACGGCCUGCUGGGUCCGAGUGGGUGUGGGAAGACCACACUGUUGAAAUGCAUUGUGGGAACACUGAAGAUCUCCCGAGGGCACAUCAGCGUGUUGGGGAAGCCGCCCGCAUUUCCUGGUCACCAGGUCCCUGGGAGGAUGGUGGGGUACAUGCCACAGGACCUGGCGUUGUACAAUGAGUUUACCAUCAGUGACACUCUGACGUUCUUCGGAAGGAUCCACGGCCUGUCAUCUACGGACACCCAGGCACGCAUGGACUUCCUGGUGGACUUCCUGGACCUACCUCAGAAGAGCAAACUAGUCCGAAAUCUCAGCGGAGGGCAGAAACGGAGGGUGUCUCUAGGAGCAGCCUUACUUCAAAACCCCCAGUUAUUGAUUCUGGAUGAACCCACAGUCGGGGUGGACCCUGUGCUGAGAGCCAAGAUCUGGCAGCAUCUAGUAGAGAUUGUGAAAACUGGAAAAGUAUCAGUCGUCAUCACCACUCACUACAUAGAGGAGGCCAGGCAAGCCAACGUGGUGGGUCUGAUGAGGAAUGGCCGACUGUUGGCCGAGGGACAUCCAGAAACCAUGAUGAAACAGCACAAUGCACCGACCCUGGAGAAAGCCUUCCUGCAGCUGUGUGAGACCUCAGACCAGGUGGGCUCCAAACACAGCACCUCCCCUCUGGGCGGGGUCCUAGAGUGCAGCCAAUCAUUCGAGAGCGGCCGGGACGAGAGUCUACCAAUCCUGGGAGCCGGAUCGGGACCAGUAGAAGAGCUGCCCAAAUACUCAGCGGACUGGAAGGUACGAGUCAGGCAUGUGAUGCCAAAGUGGAGGAACAUCGCAGCUCUGAUUAUCAAGACCACGGUGCGGAUGAAGAGAAUGCCAGGGUCCCUGUGUUUCCAGUUCCUGCUGCCAGUCAUCCAGAUCUCUCUGAUGUGUCUGUGUAUCGGAGGAGACCCCAAAGGAAUACAGGUGGCUGUGGUCAACAAUGAGACCUCCUCCAGCUCCUAUAGCCAAUCCCUGCUCUCCUUCCUGGACAACUCCAGCGUGCAACAGGUGAACCUGUCCCAUGCUGAGGCUUUUGCAGGGGCCUAUAACGGAGAGUACUGGGCCGUCAUCGGGUUUGGAAAGAAUUUUACCAGCUACCUGACCAAGAGGAUGAUCCAGCGGCAGGUCUCUAAGGAGGUGGUGGAUGGAGGGUCGGUGCACGUCUGGUUGGACCUGACCAAUCAACAGAUCGCCAUGAUGCUUCAGAAGAAACUAGCCGAUGCCUUUGAGGAUUUCGUCCAGUAUAAGAUGGGGAGCAUGUCUUACCUGGUCUCUCUUCCUGUCAAGUUUGAGGAGCCCAUCUAUGGCAGCAUGAACUCAGACUUCACCACGUUUGUGACGCCAGGAGCCGUUCUGAGCAUCACGUUCUACCUGGCAGUGGGCUUGACGGCUCUGUCCUUCGUGAUAGAGAGGAAGGAGGGGCUAAUGGACAGGUGCUGGGUUGCAGGUGUUAGUUCGUUGGAGACUGUGCUGGCCCAUCUCAUCUCCCAGCUGUUUGUCAUCAGCAUCCAGGUCAUUCUACUACUGCUCUUAAUGCUGCUCGUCUUCAAGAUCCCUAAUGAGGGGAGCCUGGUGUUGGUUAUAGCUCUGAUUGGGCUGCAGGGUGUGACUGGCAUCUCCUUUGGUCUGGUCAUCUCAUCUGCCAUCGAUGACGAACAGAACGCCAACCAGGCUGCCCUGGGUAUCUUCUACCCCAACCUCAUCGUCAGUGGUAUAAUCUGGCCUGUGGAGUGCAUCCCCUAUCCACUACGUUACAUCAGUCUGGCCCUGCCCCAGACCUACGCUUCUGAAGCCCUACGAUGCAUCAUGUACAGAGGCUGGGGUCUCUCCAGGAUGAUGGUGUGGCGAGGCUUCGCUGUCACCCUGGGUUGGAACACUUUCUUCGUCAUCCUGGCCAUCGUCAUCCUCAAGCUGAGGACCUGAGACGUCUACCUGGGGGGGGCUUCCUAGUCUCAGGAUGUCUGUGUCGGGGGACACUGUGCUUUAAGGGAGAAAGUGCUGGUUUUCCAGAGUUCAUCUUGCA